GUCUGCGAGCGCCUGUUUCAGUCCAGAAAGCGCAAUUCAUGCCAUUAGACGGUGGAAAGGGAAGCGUGAAUGAGGGAAUAUGGAUUUGAAGAUUAAUGCCACUAUGUCAGACAAAGGAAAAGGAAGCUACAUUUAUGACUUUUGUGACAUCGCCCAUCCAAAUGAACUAUUGGAUGCUCUGAGAGAGUUCUACCUAGGUGGCAUAUUCACCGACAUCACCCUACAAUGUGCCACGGGACAGGUAUUUUACUGUCACAAGGCAGCAUUGUCAGCCCGCAGCUCUUAUUUCAAAGUCAUGUUCACAGCCGACAUGAAGGAGCGGUCAAACAACCUCAUCAAACUGACAGGGAUUGAUUAUGACGUUCUGAGUGCUUUGGUGAACUACGUAUACACUUCCAGGGUGAACAUCACGGAGACAAAUGUACAGAGCCUGCUGGAGGCAGCAGACCUCUUACAGUUCAGCUCAGUGAAGAAGGCUUGCGAAGACUUCCUUAUACGCUUCCUGGAUGUGGACAACUGCCUGGGUAUGCACUCUUUUGCUGAGCUGCACAUCUGCCCUGAGCUGGAGCGGGAGGCACGAAGGGUAAUGCUCAGCAGGUUUGAGGACCUUCUACAGCAGGAGGAAUUCUUGGAGGUGGACUACGACAAGCUGAGUUCCGUCAUGUCUCUUAAGAACAUCAAUGUAUGGAAGGAUGAAGUUCUCUUGGAUGCGGUGGUCAAAUGGGUCACCUAUGACAUUGUUAACCGUAUUGAUCACGUUCAGGGCCUACUCUGUUGUGUCCAUCUUGAGCUGGAUGAGGUGCACUUCAAGACUGCCCUGGAUGGACAGGGGCAAUGCUUACUGGGCAAUGAGGGAAAAGUAAGGUCAUUGAUUAUCAAUGCAUUGAAGUCCAACUGCAAAGAGACUUCAGCGAGCAGGAAGAAAGUGUCCUCAAGCAUGUAUGUUAUUGGAGGGUACUACUGGCAUCCGCUCUGUGAAGUCCACAUAUGGGAUCCAAUAAGCAACACAUGGGUGCAAGGAAAAGAUAUGCCUGACCAGACAAGAGAGAGCUAUAGUGUAUCUUUACUGGGGGCAAAUAUUUAUGUGACUGGGGGUUAUAUGACUGAGACUAUUGAAGCCCUGGACACAGUUUGGAUUUAUAAUGGUGAUUGUGAUGAGUGGACUGAGGGAUGCCCCAUGAUCACUGCCAGAUACUACCACUGUUCUGUGGCUUUACACGGCUGUAUCUAUGCCAUAGGAGGGUACAGAGGGGGAGCUAUACAACUUGAGACUGAAUUCUAUGACCCCUUAAAAAAGAAAUGGUUCCCUACAGCCAACAUGAUACAAGGUGUAGGAAAUGCCACUGCGUGUGUCAUGAAUGACACAAUCUAUGUGACCGGUGGCCACUAUGGAUCCAGAGGAAGCAGCACCUAUGAAAAAAUUCAGGCCUACAGGCCAGACAUAAAUGAAUGGAGCAUUGUCACAAUCAGUCCUCAUCCAGAGUAUGGCCUGUGCUCUGUUUCUCUGAACAACAAGCUGUACUUGGUGGGAGGACAGACUACGAUCACCGACUGCUACGACCCAGAGAGAGAUGAGUGGAGGCAGUUGUCAGUGAUGAAGGAGAGGAGGAUGGAGUGUGGUGCUGUAGUGAUCAAUGGCUGCAUCUAUGUGACCGGAGGAUAUUCCUAUUCAAAGGGGACGUAUCUGCAGAGCAUUGAGAAGUAUGACCCAGAGCUGGACACCUGGGAGGUUGUGGGAAGCCUCCCCAGCCCAGCAAGAACACACGGAUGCAUUUGCAUUUACAGUGUGUAGUGUCUUUUUAAUGUACUUUUACAACAAACAUCAACUAAAUCCCAUGGAUGCGGUUCCUUCGUGCCAUACGGCCCAUGAGUGGUAGGGGCUAUGUAUGUGUGUGACAGGUGCUAAGAAUAUUUUUUACAAAAAGUGACGUUGUUUAGAGUGUAUUUUAUACCCAGUUGGCCAAAAAUGAAGGUUCAGUGACAAAUGAUUGCUGCUGGUUUAAUAUUACAAAAAGAGCACACCAUUUUCAAUCCACUUAUACAUCGAACACAUUGGUUCUCAUGCACCUAACAUUACCAGUUGUGUAAUUUUGGCUUAGACAGGUUAACCUGGUAGAGCUCUACAUAUGCACACAGUUUUUUAGACAAAUCUCUACAUUUGAAGCACAAAUGUCAUCAACCAUACAUCUGAAUCUUAGGGUUUGGGGGAUGCACAAUUAUUCCGGUUUCCAUUGUUUAGACCUCUGAUUCUGAAUGUAAAAAGAAUGAGCUACAACAGCUGUUGGUAAAAACCAAACUGAUGAUUAUGGAUGCAAAAAAUGUAUAGGCAGAAGCAGACCACUGCCUAAACGUUGCAACAGUCUGCGGUUGAUUGAUUCAGUAUGCACCUGAUUUUACUUGAUAAAUGUAACUUUAAAGAUGCAAUAUGCAGAAAUAGCUCCGCCAUUUCCUGGUUGCUUGUCAUAGUUCGCCUAAUUUCAGUUUAUGUAACAAAACAAGGAAGUAUAGUGUUGAGAAUCAUUGUACCAUCUAAACCACUGUGAACCUUUUCAAUAAACAAAAAUAUUGUAUUUUCA